UUGAAAAAGACAACUUUGUGUCACCUAUCGCAUAUUCUCUCAACUAAUGCAAUAAACUAACAUGUAGCGUUGGACCACGAGAAGAUCGUAAUCUUGAAAGAUGGAGAAGAAUCAAUGUGAUAAUGAUCGAACGGCUCUGAUCUUUCUCGGAACAGGCUGCUCCGGUGCAGUUCCCGAUUUCAGAUGCUUACUCCAGCCAUCGGAUCCUCCUUGCCAUGUCUGUUCUCAAUCCCUCUCUUUACUUCCUCACCUAAACCCUAACUACAGAUGCAACACAUCGCUCUUGAUUGACUAUUGCUGCGAGGAAGAAGAUGGUAGACACUAUUACAUAAUUAUUGAUGUUGGGAAGAGUUUUAGAGAGCAAGUCCUUCGUUGGUUCACCUUCUAUAAGAUUCCCCGAAUCCAUUCUAUAGUUCUAACUCAUGAGCACGCAGAUGCUGUUCAUGGUUUAGAUGAUAUUCGAUCUCUUCAACCUCGCGGUUCAAUUAUUGACUCUGAUCCACUUCCUGUGUUUCUAUCUGAAUUUACAAUGGAAAGUAUUGCUACAAGGUUUCCUUAUUUGGUUGAUAAGAAAGUUAAAGAAGUACCUAGAAGAGUUUCACAGCUUGACUGGAAAAUCAUUGAAGAGAAUUGUGAAAAACCAUUCACUGCCUCAGGCGUAUCUUUCACGCCUCUUCCGGUGAUGCAUGGAGAGGACUACAUUGCUUUAGGUUUCCUUUUCGGUGAUAAAAGUAAAGUGGCUUAUAUAUCAGAUGUAUCACGCAUUCCACCGAGUACCGAGUAUGCUAUUUCUAAAGCCGGGGCUGGACAGUUAGAUCUUCUUAUCUUGGAUACAAAUGUACCUCGCAAGAGAGGACUAAAUCCUACACACAUCUGUUUUCCUGAGGCUCUUGAGAUCUUAAAGAGGCUCUGUCCAAAGAGAGCGCUAUUAACCGGUAUGACACAUGAUUUUGAUCACCAUGAAUACAAUGAGAUACUUGCGGAAUGGUCUCUAAGGGAAGGAAUCCAAGUGCAGCUUGCUCACGAUGGAUUAAGGGUUCCAAUAGAGCUAUGAGCAAAUUGCUAAAUCCAAAUUUAAGUAAAGGAGAGGCAUAACUCAGAAUUCUUGUUACCUAGCACGAAUCCAAGUGACAAAACUUCCAAAAUUAUAUGAUUAGAAUCUAUAUAUUGAUACAUAAAUGGAAUCUCUGUUUGUUUA